ACACGUUAAGGGGAACACAUUUACUGCGGACCAGUGUAUCUACAAAUUAUUUCCGGGUAGCUAGACGUAGCUAACUUUAGCUGUGUCUCCGUCUGACGUCUUAGCAGUGGACCAACACAGUCCCGGAAAAGAUGGAUAGCGAAGAAAGAACCUAUGGUGGCUGUGAAGGGCCAGAUGCCAUGUAUGUGAAGCUGAUCUCCUCAGAUGGCCAUGAAUUUAUAGUGAAGAGAGAACAUGCUUUGACAUCUGGAACAAUCAAAGCUAUGUUAAGUGGACCUGGACAGUUUGCUGAGAACGAAACCAACGAAGUGAACUUCAGAGAGAUUCCAUCUCAUGUUCUGUCUAAGGUCUGCAUGUAUUUCACCUACAAAGUCCGUUACACCAACAGCUCUACAGAGAUCCCUGAAUUCCCCAUCGCUCCAGAGAUCGCACUGGAACUGCUCAUGGCUGCAAACUUUUUGGAUUGUUAGACGUUACAGUUAUUAUGUAAAAGCUUAAACCAUUCAAAGCUUUUUUUGGAGGAGUAUUUAAUUUGUUUUGCCAUCUACAACACGUGUUUUGUUUUUGUUGCUUCAUACUUUGUCUUAUCAUUUUGAUUGUGUUUAAAUAAAAAUGUCGUUUUAAAUGGUGUUGAACAUGGCAGGCCAAAAACAUAACUGCACCCUUCACGAAAAUCUUUCCUCACCUUCUACAUCAAUCUUAAUAAAGAUUUAUUUGGUGAGCACUUUA